AUUUUAGUGCCCCCACCCGUGCGUGACGUUUAGACGAGUCCCCCGAAUUUUGUGUUGUUUUUCUAUUUAUUUUUUAAAUAUUUUGAUUUAGAAAUUUUGUAAGCAAUAUGUCAACGUGCGAGACCGAACUAGAGGACAUUACUGACGUUGAUAUAACUUUGUUGACGCUAAGAAAGCCCACGGAACUGAAGAAAGUGAUUGAUUCCAUUCCGAAACCAGAGAGAGCCGUCCCGAAAAAUGGUUUGCCGCUUUGGUACAGGCUCGGGCUGGAGUGCAAGCUGCCUGUGCCGAAAAUGCCGGUCGGGAAAAUACUGUUCGCUCGAGGGAGAAUAGGGGAAGAUGUCCGAAGAGUAGGCCUUGGCACAGGCCCUCAGCCGACAUUCGACCUAACGGAUCCCUACUGCAACAACGUAUCAUACGACUACGUGCCGAUGCACGACCCACACCUGGCUCACCACUUCGCGCAAAAACCAGCCAGAAAAAGAAUGAAAGAGCUUGGCUUUUGCACUAAAGACGGAAGAGCUGUCUGCACCUUGAAGGAGUUCAAUCAGUACAGAAAGUAUCUUUACAACCAAUUCAUGGACAGGAUCCAUCAGGAGAUGAAAAUGCUGGAUGAACGAGCUCGUGACGACUUAACCCUUAAACGCGUAGAAAUAGAUGUGGCGCGGCGACUGCAAAUCUUCACCAAGGCCGAGCGAGCUAGGGAACACCUGGAGAAGGCCGCCCGGGAACACGCCGACGAAUGGGCCGAGAAAAGACGACAGGCAAAGGAACAGGAGAAGAAGAUACAACAGCACCUGCGCUAUCUAGCCGAGUUUAACGAGAAGCAGCGCAAGGAACGUGCAGCUCGAGCCUUGGAGAAGCAGAACAGGAUAAAACAGCGAGUGCAGGCAGCCGCUGAGAUGGAACUCCGAAGGAAGAUAACCAUGGUGCGCCAGUGGAGGACUAAUGAAAAGAAACGGCUCAACCGCUUAAAGCAGGAACGAGAGUCGAAGCAGAAGUGGCUGGAAGACGAGGCUAAUAGAAAGUGGACGGCACGGGUAGCAGCUCAAAAUCAAAAGAUACACGAGGAAGCUAUUCUACUUAAACUUUACACUGAAGACAUGUCUGCCGGUGCCAGAAGACGAGCUAAGAAAGCUGAGAUCUACGCGUACAACACAGACCUGGAGUUGCAACGCAUCCGCUUGGCCAACCUUAAGCUCAUGCAUGGCGGGCACGCGAAGGCAACCAAGCUGGUCAGAAAGAUGGGGCUUGAGUUCGAAAAGUCCAAACGCGGCGCCAAAGGCAUGAGUAUUGAGUUGGCUCAACGGCUCGCGACUGAGGCGAUGUCGUCCGCUGUUUCCACCCAAGGGGACGCUCUCAUGACGCUCGGACAAGCUCGGGCGAGGAUGGAUAUGGAGACAAUCCUGCCCACGGCUCCCAUUAAACUGCUCGAUGAAAUAUUGGAAUCGGCUGUGAUCGAAUUCGCACGUCGUCGCGUCAACUCGUUAUUGCAUCAUCUGGAGCGUGCGGUGCGCGCGCAGGCCGCUCACGUGUUCUUCCGAAACUUCAGACCCACGAAGUCGCAGAAGCGCGGGAAAGCUUCCCGUUGGUCGACCCAGCUGACGUUAGCGUUGGAAGAAGCGCUCGGCGGCAAGAAGGGGUCGGUGAUCCUCUUCGGUGACGUCACCAACAUAGCCGCCGAGGACUACGCUGAAACCGAGCUGAAGAGCAUCAAGGAUCGGCCUCCUACUCCUGUGCCAUCGAAAACAGUGUUAGCUGAGGUGACCUUCUCGGACCGAGUGGACGAUCUCCCCGACCCCGUGGCCAUCGGUGGCUACCUUCCGGAGAGAAGGAAACUCCUUGAGAUGGUGAAUGCAGCGGCGCGCCUCCUGUCCCGGUCCGUGAGCGCCCGCGUGGAGAAUGGCAUGGACGUGACUGUGGGCAAGGUCACGUUGCCUCACAUGAAGCAUCCCAUGGAGUGGGGUGAAGCGGUAGAAGGACUCGCCUCGGCGGUGGUAGACAACCGCGUUCGCAGCGACUGCGGCGACGUGCGACGCACUAGCGAGUUCCUAGCGCACAGAAUCUUGCGCUCCUUGCGCGCUGAGAUGAACCAGGAGAAAGUGCGAUUGAAGCAGAUUUUAGACAGUACCGAAGAAUGUGAAUUAAAAGAUUUUUACGUGCCAGGAGAAGUUAAGGAGACAGAUCCCAAUGAAAACUCACCCUGAACAAUAAAAAACAACCACUAGAAUUGUGUGUAGACGUUAUUUCGACUGUCUUUAGACAUGAUUAGCCCUUAUUCUAUUUCUUUACAUUUUUGUCCUAGUCAUAACCUAGUUAAUUUACCAUAUAAACUAUUUUAUCAGGCCUUUUGAUUCUAUUUUUACUCUCGUUUUUAAUUUUAUUCAGGAAACUGAUGAGGUGAAUGUUAGAAUUGUAGUCCGAAUAUGAUUUUGGAUAAAAAUUUUCAAUUUAUAUUUGUACUCCAGUGGAACUGUAUUAAUAAAGAAAUAUAUAUCUCGUAACA